UAAAUAACCACUGAGACACUGUGUACUCACUGGUUGUCCAUGUUACCGGUUCUUGUUCUUAAAUCAAGCGUGCCCAGCAAGCGCCCCCCGGAUGAGAAACACGAAACUUUCUCGGAGCAGAGUUCGUCCCCGAGUGAUGGAGAGUGACAGACAGGACCCGUAGGAUCGACACGUCGCCCCCCUCCAAACCCAUCCCGCUGAACUCGAAUUUUCUCUCACAAGUACACACAAACCGCCCAUCCUCUCACCACAAAUAGAGUAAGUACUCCACAAACAUGCAAGCGCGCGCCGGAACGCCCUCGCCGGCCGGCGCCACCACCACCGCGCACGCCAUGAAGCAGCAUCAGCAGCAGCAGGCGACGACGACGACCCUCUUCGCGCUCCUCUCCCUGGCGCUCCUCCUGCUCCGGCUCCUCCUCCGGCUCCGGCUGGCCGCCUUCCGGGACGCCUUCCUCUCGCUUCACCUCCUGGCCCGCCUCCGCAUCCGGCCCAUCCACCUCCGCCUCCCCGGCCCACACCCGACCACGCUCCGCGUGUGGUGCCCCUCGGCCCCAUCCUCCAAGCCCCCGCUCCUCCUCCUCCACGGCUUCGGCGGCGACGCGAAAUGGACCUGGGCGCGCAACCUGGCCCCGCUCUCCCGCGACUUCCACGUCUACGCGCCGGACCUCUGCUUCUUCGGCUCCGCCUCCCUCUCGCUUUCCCCGCUCCGCUCCGUCGCCUUCCAGGCCCGCUGCGCCGCCGACGCCAUGCGGCUCCUCGGCGUGCCGCGGUACGAUGUCGUCGGGAUCAGCUAUGGCGGGUUCGUGGCGUACCGGCUGGCCGCCGUGGAGGCCAGGGGGUCUGUCGGCAGGGUCGUCGUCAUGACCACCGGCGUCGCGGCCACGGUGGAGGAGAUGGGGGAGAUGGCGGCCAGGGAGGAGCGGGCCGUCGAGGACGCGCUGCUGCCGGAUACCGCUGACGGGCUUCGCCGCCUGGUCCGGCGCUCCAUGCACCGGCCCCCGCCUUGGAUGCCCGACUUCGUGCUCCACGAUUUCAUCCAGCUGAUGUUCGUGGACCAGAGGAAGGAGAGGACGGAGCUGCUGCAAGAGCUGCUCAAGAACGGCGCUGGCAUCGACCCCCUCCCGGUUCUCCCACAGAAAACGUUAGUUCUGUGGGGAGACAAGGACCAGGUGUUCCCCAUUGAUCUUGGCUACAGAUUGCAUAGGCAUCUAGGAGGCGAAUCCAGGCUGGAGAUCAUCAAGGACGCAGGGCACGCGUUGCAGCUGGAGGGGGCCGAAAAGGUUAACCGCUUCAUCAGGUCCUUCCUUAUCGAUGAACCUAAUGGGCUGGAAUUCGGCGUGGCCCGAAACCAAAGGCCCCCAAAUGGUGCGAAAUACACAUGAUCUUUGGGAGGGAUUCCAUGUACUAGCAAAUUAUGUCCCCUCAAAAAAAAAAUUGUACUACCAGUAGCAAAUUAUGUAAAAGCAGAUAUGAUCUGGAUGUAAAAAUGGAAGGGGAGAUACUAUGAUCUGAAUGAUGCGCUCAGCUAUUCAAAAUAGGGUGUGUCAGGUGUGGAUUGAUGGUUGCUCUGCACUUAGCACUCUGUGCUCGGAAACAAGUUUUUCUUUUCCGGCAUAGGAUUGGAAAGAUAUAAUUUCCCACACUCUGAAGCAAGAUAAAUAAGUCUCGAAUCAGGGUGUC